AAAACCGCGACCCGAAAUCACCAUUUCCGCUGAACAUUCGGGCGUCCCCUGCCGCAAACAAGCGACGACUGGGCACGUCCGAACUCCCUCCCAGAAACGUUUUUCUUCCCCGUCCCUUUCCCACACCCACAACACAGUCCAAUCCGUCCGUAACAGCCACUAGCUUAUCGUCUCUUCGUCCACCGGCUGCUGAAUCCUCUCUCUGCGCUCGUAACCCCGUGCUUGCGCUUGGCUUCCAGCCUCAACUCGACUAGAUUCCCAUAACGACGUCUACUACUUCCCUACAAGCGUUUUCGCUAUUGUAUUUACUGAGCACUGUUCUCCAAUCUUCACCGUAUCGCUUCCACACAGUGUCGUAUAACCUCUAUUCUUACAAAACGAAAUGCGUGAAAUCGUUCACCUUCAAACCGGACAAUGCGGUAACCAGAUUGGUGCCAAGUUCUGGGAAGUCAUUUCCGACGAGCACGGAAUUGAUCCCACCGGAACCUACCACGGCGACUCCGACUUGCAGCUGGAGCGUAUCAAUGUCUACUACAACGAGGCUACCGGCGGCAAAUAUGUUCCCCGUGCCGUUUUGGUCGACCUGGAGCCUGGAACCAUGGAUUCUGUCCGAGCGGGUCCUUUCGGACAACUUUUCCGUCCGGACAACUUCGUUUUCGGUCAAUCAGGAGCCGGAAACAACUGGGCCAAGGGACACUACACCGAAGGCGCUGAGCUGGUCGACUCCGUUCUGGAUGUUGUUCGCAAGGAGGCCGAGUCUUGCGACUGCCUCCAGGGUUUUCAAAUUACUCACUCCCUCGGCGGUGGUACCGGCGCCGGGAUGGGAACCUUGCUGAUUUCCAAGAUUCGUGAGGAAUACCCUGACCGUAUGAUGUGCACAUUCUCCGUCGUCCCAUCCCCCAAGGUGUCCGACACUGUCGUUGAGCCGUACAACGCCACCCUCUCCGUUCACCAGCUCGUCGAAAACUCCGAUGAGACCUUCUGCAUUGACAACGAGGCUCUUUACGAUAUCUGCUUCCGCACGCUCAAGCUGACCACUCCAACGUAUGGUGACCUCAACCACUUGGUCUCUGCGGUCAUGUCGGGUAUCACAACAUGUCUGCGUUUCCCGGGUCAACUGAAUGCGGACUUGCGCAAGCUCGCUGUCAACUUGGUUCCCUUCCCUCGUCUUCACUUCUUCAUGGUCGGAUUUGCGCCAUUGACGUCUCGCGGUUCUCAGCAAUACCGUGCCCUAACGGUUCCCGAGCUGACUCAGCAAAUGUUCGACGCCAAGAACAUGAUGGCCGCGUCUGACCCUCGUCACGGUCGAUACCUCACCGUCGCCGCCAUGUUCCGCGGUCGCAUGUCGAUGAAGGAGGUUGACGAGCAAAUGCUCAACGUUCAGAACAAGAACUCGAGUUACUUCGUUGAGUGGAUCCCCAACAACGUCAAGACCGCCGUCUGUGAUAUUCCACCCAAGGGUCUCAAGAUGGCCGUCACCUUCAUCGGCAACUCGACGGCGAUCCAAGAACUCUUCAAGCGUAUCUCUGAUCAAUUCACCAGCAUGUUCCGCAGGAAAGCUUUCUUGCACUGGUACACCGGGGAGGGUAUGGACGAGAUGGAAUUCACUGAAGCCGAAUCGAACAUGAACGACCUUGUCAGUGAAUACCAGCAGUACCAGGACGCCACUGCUGAGGAGGAAGGCGAGUUCGACGAGGAGGAAGGCGAGGCUGAAGCUGAGGCAUAGACUUAUGGUUGAGAUGGCGGACUUCAUUGGGCAUCUGGGCACUCUUAAUGGGAGGGGCCGCCCCCAACAGCGGUUGCCCACACGGCGACUUACUUCUUUAUUCCUUCGCGUGAUGUAUAGGACACAACGUUCCUACUUGAAAAUGUAAUAUGGCCUCAAAUGUUUGUUAUACCUUAAAAAAAUCCCCAUAAAAUCCAA